AUGUCGGACAGACUCACUCGUAUCGCUAUUGUCAAUAGCGACAAAUGCCGCCCUCGCAAGUGUCGCCAGGAAUGCAAGAAGUCCUGCCCCGUCGUUCGCAGCGGUAAGCUUUGCAUUGAAGUGACGCCCGAGUCUCGACUGGCCUUCAUUUCUGAGUCACUCUGUAUCGGCUGCGGUAUUUGUCCCAAGAAGUGCCCCUUCGACGCCAUCACGAUCAUCAACCUGCCCACCAACCUCGAGAGCCAGGUGACCCAUCGCUAUGGCCCCAACAGCUUCAAGCUCCACCGCCUUCCCAUGCCACGUCCUGGUCAAGUCCUGGGUCUGGUCGGAACAAACGGUAUUGGCAAAAGUACCGCGUUGAAGAUCCUUAGCGGCAAGCUCAAGCCUAAUCUGGGCCGCCACGACAAUCCUCCGGACUGGGAUGACGUUAUCAAGCACUUCCGUGGUUCUGAGCUGCAAAACUACUUCACAAAGCUCCUGGAAGAUGAUCUGAAGGCUGUCGUCAAGCCUCAGUAUGUCGACCAGAUCCCCAAGGCAGUCCGAGGCCCGGAGAAGAGCGUGCGGGCUCUUAUUGAGAGCCGAGCUUCUCUUGGCAACACCGACGAUGUGAUUGACGUCCUGGAGCUUGGCCACAUCAUGGACCGAGACAUCACCCUCCUUUCUGGCGGUGAGCUCCAACGUUUCGCCAUUGGCACUGUAUGUGUCCAGAAGGCCGAUGUGUACAUGUUCGACGAGCCUUCGUCAUACUUGGAUGUCAAGCAGAGAUUGAGUGCUGCCCAAAUGAUUCGAUCCCUGCUCCGAGACGACGACUACGUCAUUGUCGUUGAGCACGACUUGUCUGUUCUGGACUACCUUUCCGACUACGUCUGCGUCCUGUACGGUCAGCCCGCCAUCUAUGGUGUGGUGACAAUGCCCUACUCGGUCCGCGAAGGCAUCAACAUUUUCCUGGAUGGCCACAUCCCGACGGAAAACCUUCGAUUCCGCGAGGAGUCCCUGACGUUCCGCAUCGCCGAAACCACCGACGAGUUUGCUAUUGACCGCUCUCGUGCAUUCAACUACCCCAAGAUGGAGAAGACCCUCGGUAACUUUAGGCUUCGUAUCGAUGCCGGUGAGUUCACCGACUCAGAGAUCAUCGUCAUGAUGGGAGAGAACGGUACGGGUAAAACGACUUUCUGCCGUCUCCUGGCUGGUGCUCUCAAGCCCGACAGCAAGGCUGGCGUUCCCGAUAUGAGGAUCAGCAUGAAGCCGCAGACCAUUACCCCCAAGUUCGACGGAACCGUCCGACAGCUCUUCUUCAAGAAGAUCAAGCAGGCGUUCUUGUCUCCGCAGUUCCAGACCGAUGUGGUCAAGCCCCUCAAGCUCGACGACUUCAUCGACCAAGAGGUCAAGAACCUGUCUGGUGGUGAAUUGCAGCGCGUUGCCAUCGUCCUGUCUCUCGGCAUGCCCGCCGACAUUUACCUCAUUGACGAACCGUCGGCCUACCUCGACUCCGAGCAGCGUAUCAUUGCGUCUCGUGUCAUCAAGCGAUUCAUCAUGCACUCGAAGAAGACCGCGUUUGUGGUUGAGCACGACUUCAUCAUGGCCACUUACCUCGCUGACCGCGUCAUUGUCUUCGAUGGCAAGCCGGGUCUUGAUGCCCACGCCAACAGGCCCGAGUCGCUCCUUACUGGUUGCAACACCUUCCUGAAGAACCUGAAUGUCACUUUCCGUCGCGACCCGACCAACUACCGUCCUCGCAUCAACAAGCUGGGUUCUCAGCUCGACCAGGAGCAAAAGAUGAGCGGCAACUUCUUCUUCCUGGAAGAGACGCCCGACAAGAGCUCUUGA